UCAGCCAAUCAGCUGUGUGUAAUUCUGCAGCCGUUAGCAUGCAACUCAUUUGUUUGAUUCAUGGUCAGAAGGUUAGCAGCGUUUGCUAAACCGUACAAGCCGUGGGUUUCUCACCUCUUUUCACAUUUAAAAGGUUCAGUCCAGUGCUUGGCUUAGCACAGCUACAGUAAAUGGCAGCAGUACAGGAAGGGCCGUGGAAAAGCCUGAGCUCAGGGAAGAAGGUGGUGCUGGCUGCAGGCCUUUCUGUAGGGGCCACAGUGGGAUACAUCUUGUACCGUCACAUUCGCAGCGGCAGUGCUCAGAAACAGAUGGAACAGUCCAGGUUUUCCCUGCCACUUGACGUGUACAGAUGCAUUGCGAGGCACCAGAGUGCCUUUCUGGAUCUUGUCAGUCAGAAGUCAGGAGCUCAGGUGAACGUGCUGCCCAAUUCAGAGGAUCAGAGCUCUGUGUGCUUCUUGCUUCAGGGAACAACACAGCAGAACCUCUUAGCUCAAUGUGCUCUGGAGAAGCUGGCUAAUGACAGCGAGCUUAUCACUGACGUCAUAGAGGUUCCACAAACUGCCUUUGGACGAAUCAUAGGUCGUGGAGGGGAGACGCUGAAGUUAAUUAGCCGGACAUCGGGAGCUCGUGUGAACUGUUCACGUGAAAGAGGUCGCAGCUUGGAAGAAAAGGGCAAGGUUGCGAUUGUGGGGACACGCCAGGAAGUCCAGCGUGCUAAGGACUUAAUCAUGGAGAAGGUGAUGGAGAAUGAGACGGUACGGAAACGGAUCAACCAGUCGUCUGCUCUGCGCCAGAAAAGGAAAGCCAUAGAACUGGAGCCAGUCCACAGAUCUCAGGGCCCAGACACUGAGCUCACGCAGAACAUAACCCAAGAUGAUCUGCUCUCUCCAGUUACUGAAGCAGGACUGAUUCAUCCCAGUGGAUCGAAUGGGUUUGCCAGCAGCGGGGACCACACAACGGAAAAUUCGCUUCAAUCAGAGGAAGAGGAGAUUUUCUCACCAGCUUCACCACUGGAGUAUUCAAAAUUUGAAAUCCCGAGUCCAGACUUGAGCUUCCAGCCAGGUGAGCAUUUGGAGGUGUAUGUGUCUGCAUCGGAGAAUCCCCAGCACUUCUGGAUCCAGAUCAUAGGUGUCCGGUCACUUCAGCUGGACAAACUGACUACCGAGAUGAGCCGUUUCUAUAAUGGAGACACCUCGAAUGAGCAUAGAGUCAAGGCUAUAGUUGUAGGGGACAUUGUUGCUGCUCCGUAUCAGAACCACGGCACAUGGAACCGGGCUCGAGUGUUGGGCGUCCUGAGCUCCGGUUUGAUUGAUCUGUACUACGUGGACUUUGGGGACAAUGGAGAGCUUCCAAGGGAUCAGUUACGCAGCCUGAGGAGUGAUUUCUUGAGCUUGCCCUUCCAAGCCAUCGAGUGCAGUCUGGCAGAAGUGCAGCCUGCAGGACACUUUUGGACCGAGGACGCACUUGAUGACUUUGAGAGAAUGACGUACUGUGCGCAGUGGAAGCCUUUACUAGCCAAACUGUGCAGUUACUCGCACACAGAGCUGUCUUCCUGGCCCAGCGUAAAGCUGUAUGAUAACAGCCAGGGAAAGGUUGUGGAUCUGGGUGAAGAGUUGAUUCGCUUAGGCCAUGCAGUGAGCUGUCAGGAUGAAGGGAGCGGGUUGAGGGAAGAUCAUGAUGAGCCAAGAUCUCUGCAGAAGUUGUUGGAUGACAUGACUGGGGUCAACUCAGAGUUGAGUAUGUCCUGCAUAAGCUUGUCAGUGACAAAACAGUUGACGUGGUCAUCGUCUAGCUGCCCCAGUUCUGUAGAUGUCGAGCGAGCUGAUGUAGACCAGAAUUCCUCUAACAACCUCAUGCCUCCUUCUUCUUCGCUUCUCUACUCCACCCCGUCUUUGAGCCUGAGUGAGCUGGUCAGCAAUGUUAUCGAGUCCUCAGGAUCAGGGCUGUCUCCACCUGGCCAGGAGCCAAGAGUCCUUCUUCACCAGGACUUCUCCGAUCUUCCAUCGGUAACACUAGCGACGCAUAUGCAAAGAGAGUUCUCUUCGGUUGCCACAUCCUCCUCAUCUGCUGUAGACAUCGUGACCUCAGCAAUGUAUUCUGUCAGUCUGAGUGACAACGUCUUCCUUGGGACCUCGUCCAGCAGCAACGUCACAUUAUCUUCAGAGCUGACAGAACCAGAGUCUCUCAGUACCUGUAGUGAAUGUGCGUGUAGCAUCAGCAGCAGUCGGAGUAGUGAUGGAAUAAGAGGUGUCUGGUAUUACCUUACUUCCUCUCAGGACUCCUCUGAGAUGUCGCUCAACAGCACCAUGCCCAGAUCAACCACAGCUUCUUCAUGCUCCUGUCCAACUUCUUCAUCCUUCUGUCUGUCUGAGCAGUCUGAGGACACGACCCCUGAGACCUCCUCUUCUGUAAUCUAUCUCAGCUCUGACAUGUCAAGUGCUGAUGAUGCUGAAAUGGUGGAUGGAGAUCCAUCUAAACCAAGCAAGUCUCUCCAAAAGUGUAGUCUUACCUAUUUGAGUGACUGCAGCAGUGAUGAGAGUGAUAUCAUAUACAUUAGAACUACUAAAGCUGUGUCUGACCCCUCUGAUAAGGGAACUAGUAAUUCUAAAGAUUCUACACCUAAGAUUAAUGUGAAAAAGCAACAGUUAUUAACAGGAGGUCCCAGUGAAUCGAGUGAACACCUUAAUGAAGGUUUAAGAGACAAGACUGAGAAGGAGGUGGUCUGUGAAGAAGCUAUGCCAAGAGAGAAGGUCCUGGAGCUUGAAAACCAGAAGACGAACAGUGGAGACAUAUCAGUAAGAGAAGUCGCCUCGAUAUCUGGAAGUGUAGAUGAUGUUCUUGAAGAUGAGUUUAACUGAUUAAAGACCAAAGUCAAUACGUAUUCAUAUUGAGACCACCUUUAAACACACUGCUGACAUGGACCUCAUGCUUCUGCAAAAGCAAGCCUUAUCUGACUGUGCUAUAUGUUCUGUUUUUCUUUUUGUCACUUUUGUUGUCUGUUCUAGAGUUAUUGUCAACAUUACAGAUCUUGUUUUAUUCACUGUGUACUGAACUACUUGAGAAGAGUUAAUUGAUGACCGGAUGAGGAGUGGCACUCAGGGAGUCUGAAAGUGUGAGCUUUGGAAAUGAACCUCAGUAUUAUAUUAGUUGUGCACUUGGGUGAUUAAAUAGUUUUUAUGGAAGUUGUUUGAAACCAUAUGUAAUUAAUUUACUGUAACUUUCAUUGUUUGUUGUGCAUUUAAGGGUUUAUUAACAUGCUUCGAAAAACAUAUGAGGAUAUGAAUAUAAUAAAAUAGAGUAUUGUUCUAA